AUGUCAUCACUAAAAUUUGUUAUGAAAGGAAAACCGGUUCCAAAAGGUCUUGGCAGCACCCAGAGUUCUGUUGAAAAGGCUAGCAAAUUGUCUGCUCUGAUGAUGGAAGAGACAAAGCUACCCAUUGCACCGCCUACCACUCGAACAGGGACUGAAAUUUCAGAAAUCUUUUCUACUGCUGUUCCAAUUCCAAGAACCCUGGCAUUAAAACCUGCAUUACUGCCUUGUGUUGGGAAUGUAAAAUCUUUGCCUCUUGCUGAGAAAAAGAAAAAACUGCCGAAAUAUAAAGUUAGUUUGAAGAAAUCUAAAACCAAAUUGGAACCCAUUAUAGCUGAAAAAAAGAUAGACUCCAUUGAAACAGAAAUUGAAACACAUGAAGAAAGAAGACAGUCUUCUGACAUGGAGGAGGCUCAAUGUGCAGUGAGGAUGUUAGUGCAAGAAGCGGAAGUGUUGACUCAAGAUGAAACCCGACCCUCCAGUAUGAAGACCAAGGUUAAGCAAAAGUCAUCAUCUUUGGAAAUUAAGGGAGAAAUUCAAUCAGACACUGUCACAAGAUCUGUUGAUCAAAUAAUUGAAUCUCUUUGGGAGCAAGUGCAUAGCGAAAUCCUUUCAGAAUCUGACCGCCGAAUCCAAGAAAUCAUGAACCGUGUCAUGUCUCGAGGAAUUUCACAGAAAACAGAAAUGUUCCAAGAAAUAUCUGGUGAGGAAGAUCUUUCAGAAAAAUCGGAAAAAUCCAGCCAAAAGCAAGAAAUUGUGGAAGAAAAAGAAUUGAAAGAAGAAGAGGAAGAAGAAAAAGAAACAUUGGUUUCACUUGAAUAUAAAGAUGAAAAAGAAGAAAUGACUGGCACUGAAACAGAACCAACAAUCAGCGAAGAAGAUGAUGUUUGCAUUACAGCUGUGGCAGGACCCUGGGACAUUGAAUCCUUUGCAGAAGAAGAUUUCAACAAGUUGAAAGCUGAACUGAAUUUACCAUUGCAUGUAAGCCGGGAGGACAUUCUUUCGUUGAAGGGUCACCAUGUCAAAACAUUUUCACAGAUUCCACAAAGCAUUGUGAAAAAAUUUGGCAAAAAGAAAAAAAUUGAAAUGUCUUUUCUCAGCUCCUGGAAUGAUGAGGACAUCAUUACUGGAGGAAGCAAAACCCAGGACUCUGAAAGUAAAGCAAUUAUUUCUAAACCAAAUGUGAAGCAGCAUCAUUUCUGUACAGUGACCAGUGAAUUUGAAAUAGAGUUUCCUUUCACGCAUGUAGCAUGGAAAUAUCACACACCGAACAAGUUCAGCAAGGAUUUUCCAAUAAAGGAUUGCAGGCAAAGUAUAUUGAUUGAGGCAGAAAGAUUUGACAAAAACACAGACAUUGAAGAAAAUUACCAUGGAAAUUUGGAAGACUGGCUUCAUCGAACAGAAAAAAUGUUUACAGAUAUCGAGUUAACGGUGAAAGGAAACCAUGCACCAACAAUUAUGACCAAUGAUAUCCACUUUUGGACCUUAUCACCACCCAAACUACACAUUCAGCCUGCUAUUAUAAAGCAGAUGAUGUGCCCACUGUACUAUGGUUCAUUUAAUCCAGGAAGAUAUAUUUCUUUUGAGAACAAAAAACGCACCGAGAAAAAGACUGCAGCAGAAAAACUAUUAGAUAAUUUUAUUGAUAAAGAUGAGGAAGAAAUUGAACAACUAUUGAAAGAAAGAUUAUUGGAACAAAAAAGUGAAUCAUCCAGAGACUUGACAGCCUAUGCUAAGGAACAAUGCCCAAAUCUAGAUUUGACAGACACUUUCUGCAUCAAGCACAUGGAUCAGUCUCCUCCGUUGCUGUUACCAAGUGACUAUGAAUCAUUAAACAAGGAAAUGCAAGAACAUAAAAAGAGUAUUUGUGAAAUGAAUAAAAAGAAACAAGAACAGGAAGAAUUGAAAAAAUCCCUUGCAUACUUUGAUGAAGAAUAUGAUUCAUUUUUGGAAACUGAAGGAUUGAAAGAGGAGAGACCAAGUGAAGACAUACCAAUUUCAAAACUAAGGCAACAUUUCAAAGAACAGAAAUCCACACUGAAAAGAUCCCAGUCAGUAAUUUGCUUAAAAAAAGGUAAACUCCUACCUUCACCGAAAGUUCAAAGACAAAUACAGAGAGCCAGAAGUAAAAGUCUGUGCUUCUCGUUAGAUCUUCAGCAGUUAACUUCAAGACCACGUUCUGUAUCUGGCAUAUUUACUCCAAAAAAAGUAAAAUACAAGACUGAAUUGUUAGAAGAAAAAAUUCCUUCACGGCCCAAAAGUGAGGAAUUCUCAGAAAGCAUCUCUGAAGAGUCCUCUGCUUUAAUGGAAGAUGAGUUGUCAAUCUACAGCAGCAAGAGGAAAAUAUGCAUUCAGCCUGAAGCCAUAUCCAGUGUUUUGCCUUCUGAUGUCAGCAAGAUUGAUUUGAUUACUGAUGACCCUCAGAAAUUGGAAUUGAACAAGAAAAUUUGGGCUGAGAUUGAAUUGCUCACAAAAAAUAUUGAGGAAUCUCCAGGUAACUGGGUUUUUGACACUUGCCGAAGAGGAGUACUUUAUCGGAAGGUUGGAGAACUUGAAAAAUCCUUUGAAGACCUGAACAGAGUUAUUGAGUCAGAAUCAGUCUACUUUGAUGCUUACUGGCAUCGCCAUUUUCUUUACGUUCUUCGGGGUGACUAUCCAUCAGCUCUUGAUGACCUGAACUUUAUCCAAGAGCGCAAACCAACUUACAAAGUUUUCAUGGCACUGGGUGUCCUCUAUGAAAAUAUGAAUAAUAAAAAUUUGGCCCUGUCCAACUACACAAAGGCCACACAGAUUGACUCUACAAAUCAUCUGGCUUACUUUUAUCGGGCAAAGUUGUAUGAAAAGAUUGGAAAUCUUAAUUAUGCAAUCGGUGACUACAUUAAAACAUCAGAGAAAAAUCCCAAACAUACUGAGGCCCUUAAAAAACAAGCAGAAUAUUUCUUAAAAAUAAAAAACUGGAAUGUUGCUAUUUCUAAGAUCAGCCGACUUCUUGAGCUCAUUAAUGACCCAGAAGCAUUCCUUAUUCGUGCUGAAGCAUUCAUUGGACUGAAAAUCUGGAAACAUGCUCUGUGUGAUUUAUCAACUGCCAUUCAUCUUGGCCCAUCAUUAUGGAAAGCGUUUUACUUACGUGGAUGUCUACUGAAAAACAAUCCGUAA